AACAGCACUGAAGAUAUGUGGGAUUAUGACGGCUCAUUGUUGGUGAACCGUAUUGAUCUAUCCAGUCGUCCUCGCAUCACUCAGCCCGCAUCUGAACGAUCAACUACUGACACAACCGAAACUUUAACUGAAGCUUCUUCGAAAGCCGCACAGGUCNCGCAUCUGAACGAUCAACUACUGACACAACCGAAACUUUAA